AUGUUGCAAAAUGGUUUUUUGCUGGGGAAAACAAGGUUUUCGUGAUUUUUUUUUGGUUUUUGGGUUUGAAAAUGAAGAAUUUUUCAUAAAUAUUCAAAUUUCCAGCAAAUGUCCGCUGAAACUACGCGGAAAUAUUUGCAAAAUCGCAGUCGCUGGUUGUUCGCAUGGAGAAUUGGAGAAAAUCUAUGAGGUAAAUAAGCUGGAAAAUCUCAAAAAACUCAGGAAUUUUGCAGGUCGUUCAACUUCUCGAGCAACAAAGCUCAGCCAAAAUCGACCUUUUAAUUUGUUGCGGUGAUUUUCAAUCAGUUCGAAAUUAUGGCGAUUUACACCACAUGCAUGUCAACGAAAAACAUCGACAUCUAAUGACUUUUUACAAAUAUUAUAGUGGCGAAUUGGUGUGAUUUUUCUUGAAUUUGCGACGGAAAAUUCAACCAAAAACUUGCAGGUUGCACCAUAUCUCACCCUUUUCAUCGGUGGAAAUCACGAAGCUUCUGGUUUUCUCACAGAAUUGCCAAAUGGUGGAUGGGUUGCACCAAAUAUUUAUUACAUGGGUUUUGCAAAUGUGGUUAGGUAA